GGCUUUCUCUCCCUCAUUCAUUGUGUUGUGUCUCUUAUGGGGAGGAUGGGUUUUCUGGUGAAAGGUGGUUGGGUGCUGCUCCUGGCUGUGGCCUAUUGGUCAGGGUUUGGCUGUGAUGGAGUCUUGGUGAGACAUGGCCGCCAGUCAGAUAGGUGGAGGGGCAACCAGCGGGCUCUACCUGGCCAGGGCUCUUCUAGAUGGGGCUCCAGAGACUGGAAUACUAAUCGCCCUGUUGUGGGGGUUGGGGCCUCUAGGGGUUCACAAAGUGGACGUGUUGUUGGGGUUCCACGAGAUCUGCCGCAGCCUGGGAGCUCCCCUAUCAGCAUCCAGUGUGGAGAGGACAACAUGGUGGUCACCGUCCAGAGGGAUUUCUAUGGGAUUGGGAAGCUGGUCCAACCUUCUGACCUGAGCCUGGGGCCCCGUGGCUGCGAACCCGACCCCCAGAGUACAGACACCACUGUUACCUUCCAGAUCAACCUCCAGGACUGCGGCAACACGGUGCAGAUGACUCAAGAGUGGCUAAUCUACACCACCAACCUGACCUACAGCCCAACCUCAUCCAUUCCAAUCAUCAGAACCAACCCAGCUGUGGUCCCCAUAAUGUGUUUCUACUACCGGCACGGUAAUGUGAGCAGCCAGGCCAUUAAGCCAACGUGGGUUCCAUUCAGCACCACUGUGUCUUCAGAAGAAAGGUUGUCCUUCUCUUUGGUCCUGAUGACUGAGAACUGGACUGGUCCCAGAAGUUCUCCCAUCUAUCAGUUGGGGGAUAUUCUCUACAUAGAGGCCUCUGUGGAUACUCACAACCAAAUGGAUAUGAUCCUGUAUGUGGACCGCUGUGUGGCCACCAUAUCUCCUGAUGCCACCUCUUCUCCAAGUUAUGACCUCAUUACAGACAAUGGGUGUCUGGUGGAUGGAACACAAGCUGACGCCUCCUCGGCCUUCAUCGCUCCAAGGGUCCAGACUAACACUCUACAGUUCACGGUGGAUGCCUUCCGGUUCCUAGGAAAUUAUGUCUCUCUGAUCUACUUGACCUGUUACCUGAGAGCUGCUGCUGCCGCCACCCAGGUCCCAGAUCCCAUCAACAAGGCCUGUUCCUAUAGUAAAGCCACAAACAGCUGGUCUGCAGUUGAGGGCCCCAGCAGUAUCUGUCAGUGUUGUGGGACAUCAGGAACCUGCAGCAACCCUACUGCUCUUACAGGAGGAAGGAGCCGAUUUGGAAGACCGAGAGCCUUUGGGAAGAGGGAAGCCUUGGAUGCAGAACCUAUCAUAGAGGGACAGUCGGUGACCACCUUGGGACCUCUGCUUGUGAUUGGGCCAAAACAAAGCGACCUUGCAGCUGCAGUGAUGAAGGAAAAGCCCGCCCCCGCAGAGCUCUGGUGGUUGGUGGCUGUUGGGUGUGUCAGUCUUCUUGUAGUCGCUGUGUGUACUUUGUUCAUUGUCAAGUCUCUGAAAAAGCCACAAUAUGUACUGUCUGUUGAAAAAUAAAAAAAGUUAAAGUA